GGGGGUGGGGGGCAGGGGUGUGGAGAGAGGACGUGCAGGGGCGGAGCGCCAGUACUUCUCUGGCUGUUGGGGGGAGAGCAUGGCCGUGGGGGCUGUCACGGAGAGCGCCUGCACUUCUGAAUUUACAACUACAUCACUGGUGGUGGGGGGUUAGGGGAAUCCUUCCUGCCCGCUUCCUUGUUGUUCCCACCACUGGGGAGCUGCUGUCUCCUCUCCCACCCAAACACGCAGUUUUUCAGCCUCUGAGCCCUGAAGAGGCAACGGCAGGAUAUUAGAAAGCAGGUCCCAGAAUGCAAAAACCCAGAGGGGCCUGGGCAGACUUGGUUUCGGGGAUGAAGCGAGGGCUGGGUGGGGUGUCCCCAUUCAUCAGUGGGCAUUUGCAUAGAAGAGGGACUGUGCAUUGCUAGAAAGAGAGAGAUCUCCCCCUCCCCCACACGUACCUAGGUUACCCCCUCCCCCCCAAAAGAUGUUAUGUUGUACAAAUGUAUACAUGUUUAUAUACUCGUGUGAAUGUAUUUGGCACAUUGCUAUACCGACCCAUAUGCAAAUCUCUGGGCGGUUUACACACCCCUGAAUUGGGAAAGGAAGAGGAAGUGACUGUGAGAGAUCCCCCUACCCCAUAUCCAACCCUGGGACACCCAUACCCAGAGCUUCUUUUCCUCUGGUGUGCUUAUCCAGGAGGUCUCGAUGCGUCACUGCUUUCAAAUGAGUUUGCAUUUGUAGACUGCAGGAGGGGGUAGUCUUCCUGGAGUGCUUUGCUCAUGGGGAAAUGGUGAAGCAGUUGUGAGAGGGAAGCUCAAAGGUCAGCAGGGAGACAAACAGAAGGGGUGUGCUGCAUGGACUAUUGGCCAGUGACAAUCAAGCAGAGGAUCUCCCCCCCCCCCACCGCCCAACACCACACCACAGUCUCAGAUUUCUGCUUGAGUUUUUGCCAUUCAUUUGAUUCUGUUACAGUUGUUCUGAACUGCCCAGAGAACAGUUUGUUAUGGGGCGGCCAUAUAAAUAAAGUAGUCAUAGGAGUAGUAGUAGUAACAUUUAAUUAUUUGUUAUUAAAGAGAGAUAUCUUGAUUGCCCCCUAGAAUCACUCACUUUGUUUCUAAAACACCUUUCAGAUAUAACAGGACUGCACCAGUUUAGUGCUCCUGAAGAUGUUGGGCUACAACCAUCCCUUACUAUUGGCCACCUAAAUUGGCCACCCUGGUUAUUAUUGGUCAGUCUUUAUUUUAAGAGAGAGACAGAAGAGUAGGGAGAACGGAAUGCAGAGCAGAGAUGGAAAAGGAAUACUCAGCUGGCCCUGAAGCAGGAAGGGUCCCCAUCGUCAUGCAAACUAGGAGCAGUGAGGAAUUGUGGGAAAGAACUGUUCAGAAGAUGCUGGAUGAGGACACCACCAGCUCAACUGCAAAGCGCCAGAGACUCAGGCAAUUCUGCUACCAGGAAGUUGAGGGCCCCCGAGAAAUUUGCAGCCGAAUCCAUGGCCUUUGCCGUCAGUGGCUGAAGCCAGAAAAGCACACAAAGGCUCGGAUCCUAGACCUGGUGAUUCUGGAGCAGUUCCUGACUAUCCUGCCCCCAGAAAUGGAGAGCUGGGUCAGAGAAUGUGGAGCGGAGACCAGUUCGCAGGCGGUGGCCCUGGCGGAAGGUUUCCUCCUGAGCCAGGCAGAGGAGAAGAAGCAGGAAGAGCAGCAGGAUCAGAAGCCAUCCAAACUGGAUUCUGAUUUCUCCAUGGCAGAGAUAGCUUCAUUGGACCUUAGAGAGAGGUCACCAUUCAGGUGGAUCGUGCAAGAGAGUGAAGGAGGUGCCAUCUCACUUGGUGGCGAAGUCACACUGGCUCUUCCGUCCAGGCCUUCUCCUCUUUCUGGCAGAGCAGAGACAGCCUCUGUGCAACUGGGCCAGGGUCUGGUGACCUUUGAGGAAGUGGCUGUGUAUUUCACAGGAGAGGAGUGGGCUCUGUUGAAUCCAGACCAAUGGGCUCUGCAUUCAGAAGUCAUGGAGGAGAUCUGUGGGCAUCUGGCCUCUCUGGGCUCUUUUAUUCCUGCAGGUGAUGGAGGGGAGAAUGAGAGAGAGGGUGAACUACAGGAAAGGAAAACGGAAUCAGAUUAUCUGUGGGAGAAGAAAGCUGCUGCAUUGGAAUGCUGUGAUUUGCAUAAAAUUCCAGUUCAAAUAAAGGAUUGCAAUGGAAACAGAAGGAAUAAAUACCAACAAUGUGAAUUUUUUUUAAAUAGUAACUCAAGCCUUAGCAUACAUGAAAGAAUUGAUAUAGGCGAGAAAAAAUACAAAUGCUCGAAGUGUGGGGAAAAAUUCAGCCACAGGCCACAUCUUACUUCCCAUCAAAGAUUCCACACAGGCGAGAAACCAUAUCAAUGUUCAGAGUGUGGAAAGAACUUCAGCCACCGCUCACAGCUUACUUGCCAUAAAAGAAUCCACACGGGGGAGAAACCAUAUCAAUGCUCAGAAUGUGGAAAGUGUUUCAGUCAGCGAAAAUACCUUACGUGCCACCAAAGAAUCCACACAGGGGAAAAACCAUAUCAAUGCUCAGAAUGUAGAAAGAGCUUCCGUCUGAGAAAUGACCUUAUUUGUCAUCAAAGAAUCCACACAGGGGAGAAACCAUAUCAAUGCUCAGAAUGUGGAAAAAGCUUCCGACAGAGAAAAGACAUUACUUCACAUCAAAGAAUCCACACAGGAGAGAAACCAUAUCAGUGCUUGGUGUGUGGAAAGAGCUUCAGUGAGAACUCACAUCUUACUUAUCAUCAAAGAAUCCAUACAGGGGAGAAACCAUAUAAGUGCUCAGAAUGUGGAAAGAGCUUUCGCCAGAAGGCUAACCUUACGUCCCACCAAAGAAUCCACACAGGGGAGAAACCUUAUCAGUGCUCAGAAUGUGGAAAGAGUUUCCGUCAGCGAGGAGAACUUACAUCCCAUCGAAGCAUCCAUACAGGGGAGAAUCCAUAUAAAUGCUCAGAAUGCGGAAAGACCUUCAGCUACAGCUCACAGCUUACUUCCCAUCAAAGAAUCCACACAGGGGAGAGACCAUAUCAAUGUUUGGUGUGUGAAAAAAGCUUCAGCCACAGCUCACAACUUACUUGCCAUCAAAAAAUCCACACGGGGGAGAAACCAUAUCAGUGCUCAGUGUGUGGGAAGAGUUUCAACCGAAGCUCAAACCUAAACAAACAUCAAAAAAUCCACACACAAAAUAGAUCAUAUCAAUGUUCAGUGUGUGGAAAGAGUUUCAAUACACGCUCAGAUAUUACUUCCCAUCAAAGAAUCCACAUAGGGGAUAAACCUUAUCGAUGUAUGUGUGGAAAGAGAUUCAGGUCCCGCUCGCACUUAAACAAACAUCAAAGAAUCCACUUAGGUGAGAAAAAAUAUGAAUGCUCAGAGUGUGGAAAGAAAUUCAAUCACAGGCCACAGCUUACUUGCCAUCAUAGAAUCCACACAGGGGAGCGACCAUAUCAGUGCUUGCUGUGUGGAAAGAACUUUAGGGAGAUGUCACAUCUUACGAAGCAUCAAAGAAUCCACACAGGGGUGAAACCAUAUCAGUGCUCAGAAUGUGGAAAGAGCUUCCGUCAGAAGGCUCACCUUACUUACCAUCAAAGAAUCCACACAGGGGAGAAACUGUAUCGAUGCUCAGAGUGUGGAAAGAGUUUCCGUCUGAGAAAUGACUUUAUUUCCCAUCAAAGCAUCCAUACAGGGGAGAAACCAUAUCGGUGCUCAAAAUGUGGAAAGAAGUUCAGCUACAUCUCACACUUUACUUGUCAUCAAAGAACCCACACAGGGGAAAAACCAUAUCAGUGCUCAAUGUGUGGAAAGAGCUUCCGUCAGAAGCAGCACCUUACUUCCCAUCAAAGAAUCCACACAGGGAAAAACCCAUGCUUAUUAGCCCCACCAGUCUGGACAGUCUUUGCUUUAAGAGAGGAACUUGGAGAGGAGCAAGCCAAUCCUUCACUCUUCCUGGGAGCUGUCUUGGAGUACAGAGCAGAGAUGGAAGAGGGUGUCCUUGAAGCAGGAAGAGGCCCUCCUGCCAUGCAGGCUGAGAGAAGUGAGGAAUUCUGGGAAAGAACCGUGCAGAAGAUGCUGGGUGAGGAUGCCACCAGUUCGGUUGCAAAGCGCCAGAGACUCAGACAGUUCUGCUACCAGAAGGCGGAGGGCCCCCGAGAAAUCUGCAGCCGGAUCCACAGCCUUUGCUGUCAGUGGCUGAAGCCAGAAAAGCACACAAAGAUGCAGAUCCUGGACCUGGUGAUCCUGGAGCAGUUCUUGACCAUCCUGCCUCCGGAGAUGGAGAGCUGGGUCAGAGAAUGUGGAGCGGAGACCAGUUCCCAGGCGGUGGCCCUGGCAGAAGGUUUCCUCCUGAGCCAAGCAGAGGCCAAGAAGCAGAAAGGGCAAAAGUGGCAGAGGCCAUCAAAAGUGGAUCCUGAUUUCUCCGUGGAAGAGCCUGCUGCAACAGACCAUAGAGAAAGUCUGCUGUGCAGGUGGAUCGUGCAAGAGAGGGAAGGAGCUGCCACCUCGCUGGGUGGUGAAAUCACAUUGGCUCACCUGUCCAGGUCCUCUCCUCCUUCUGGUAGAGCAGAGACAGCAUCUCUGCACAUAGACCAGGGUCAGGUGACCUCGAAGGACGUGUUUGUGAAUUUCACAGAGGAGGAGUGGGCCUUGCUGGAUGCAGGCCAAAGAGCUCUGCACAGAGAAGUCACAGAGGAAACCUGUGGGCAUUUGGCCUCUCUGGAUGAUGGAUGGGAGAGUGAUAAAGAGGGUGAAUUGCAGGGGAGGAAAACAGAAGCAAAAUAUCCAUGGGAGAAGAAAGCUGUUGUCCCUGAAAUUCCAGUCCUAUCAAAGGAUUUCAAUGGAAAUGGAAGGAAUAAAAACCCUCAACAUGCAAAACUCAUAAAGAAUAACUCAAGCCUUCACAUGCAUCAAAUAAUUCAAACAGAUGAUAAAAAAUACAAAUGCUCAGAAUGUGGAAAGAAAUUCAGUAAGAGGUCGCAGCUUACUUACCAUCAGCGAAUCCACACAGGAGAGAAACCAUAUCAGUGCCUGGUGUGUGGAAAUCGCUUCACUCAGAAGGCUACUCUUACUUCUCAUCAAAGCAUCCACACAGGAGAGAAACCAUAUCAGUGCUUGGUGUGUGGAAAGUGCUUCAGUUUGAAGGCUAACCUUACCUCUCAUCAAAGCACCCACACAGGAGAGAAGCCAUAUCAGUGCUUGGUGUGUAGAAAGAGCUUCAGUCUGAAGGCUAAUCUUACCUCCCAUCAAAGCAUCCACACAGGAGAGAAACCAUAUCAUUGCUCAGAAUGUGGAAAGAGCUUCCGCCAGAAAAAAGAUGUCACAAUCCAUAAAAUAAUCCACACAGGGGAGAAGCCCUAUCAGUGUUUGGUGUGUGGAAAGAGCUUCAGUCAUAAGGUCAGCCUUACUAACCAUCAAAGCAUCCACACAGGAGAGAAACCGUAUCAGUGCCUGGUGUGUGGAAAGAGCUUCAGUCAGAAGGCUAACCUUACUUCCCAUCAAAGCAUCCACACAGGAGAGAAGCCAUAUCAUUGCUCAGAAUGUGGAAAGAGCUUCCGUCAGAAAAAAGACCUUACCAUCCAUAGAGUAAUCCACACAGGAGAGAAACCAUAUCAGUGCUUGGUGUGUGGAAAGAGCUUCAGUCAUAAAUUUAGCCUCACUUCCCAUCAAAGCAUCCACACAGGAGAGAAACGAUAUCGUUGCUCAAUAUGUGAAAAGAGCUUCCGCCAGAAAAAAGAACUUACCACCCAUAAAAUCAUCCACUCAGGGGAGAAACCAUAUCAGUAGGGCUGUGCAGGAACUGGUUUGGCAGUCCUUUUAAGAAGUACUGAACUGCUUUGGAAAUCCGGCAGCGGGGAGUUACCUUUAAUGUCCAUGGAGGGUGAUCUUAUUCCACCUCCCGCCGCAUUUCCCCCACUGGCGUUGCAUGCAAAAUCGGUUCCAUGGGGUGGAAGCGGACCCUCCUGCCGCCCCGGUGAACAUCUGACUGUCGCUCAUGUGCAUCUGCCACUUCUGGUCUGAUGCUCACUGGGGUGGCAAGAGGGUAUGCUGCCACCCUCUGGGACCAAUUUUGCACACAGCGCCGGUGGGAGAAAUGUGGCGGAGUGGUGGUGGUGGUAAGAUCUGCCCAAGAGACUGUUCCAGGUCUGUUAUGGGACUUGCAUCUGUUCUUCAGCCAUGGUCAUAGAAGGGGGACACAGGAGCCCUUGGUCUGUUUCGGUGAAAUAUGUCACUUCAUAAAGAUGUCCCUUCCAGCCUACCAGUGCAUAAGCAGAAUGCAGUACUGCUUAGAUUUCUGUGCAAAGAGAAGUGACUCUCUGAUUUUGCAUGAGGUACUGCAGACCCAUAAGCAGUGGGACACUGCUGUCAAGCACAUGGGCGCUACAAAGGCAGCAACAUGCUGGGAUAUUGCUGAUUGGAAGCAAGAAGCCACUAGCAGUGUGGAGCAGGGGCUAGCAUGUCGGACUUAGAGUCUAGACUGGGGAGAGCCAUCUUCAGAGCCUUCUAAGCCAGGAAUCUCACAGAAGAGGAACAUUGAGGCAGCUCCUAUCUCUUCAAUUUUUCCUUGUGGGGUUGGUGUGAGCAUGAAAUGGAAUUCAGUCCACCAGAAUCACAGAGAUUAAGAUUAACAUUAAGAUGCUUUGAAUUUUCGCCCGUGUUCUAAAAAGGGAAAUUACAAUUGAUUGCUUGAACUCUGGAAUCGAUUAGAGUGUUGAUUUUUAACCUCCAUGCCAUAUAAGCUGUAAAGACUUUGUAGCGUCUCUUGUAUUAUGCUGAUUGUAGAAAUGGGGCUGAAUGCUCCCACACUGUGCCUUGGUCUUUCCACCCGAGAUUGGGCAGGGGAGGGAUGCAUCCGGGCAGAAAUUCUAGCUGCUUCCCCCUCUGCAAUAAUUUGCCAGAGAUGUCCAUGAUGGAUUUCUGUCUGAUGCAUCUCCACAAGGCACAGUGUUUUCCCAAAGUGCCACCUGGAGUGUAAGUGGCCAGCCUAAAAGUUCAAGAGGUACCCGAUCCAGCCACAAUCAUUUCCUACAUAAGACGAGUCUUGCUCGAUCUGGCUCAAGGCCAAACUGUAGUGCAACAUCCUGUUUCCCACAGCGGCCUACCAAUUGUCUCUGGAAAGCCCCAUGAGCAGGAGGUGGAGGGGUGUCCCCUCUCAGGCUGUUGUGUCCAAAUAGUAUUCGGAGGCCACUGACCUCUGGAACUGGAGGUACAGAUACACACUGGAUUUGUCUGAUGCAGCUCUACAAGACGUAGUUUCCCCCAACAAAAUAUUGAAGCAAUCUUCACAAUUGCUGCAGGAGGCUACCCCCUUCUGCGGGGAGGAAGCCCGAAAGCACUUACCUCGCUGCAGAUGAUGACUGCCGCCUCUCUGGGAGGCUGGAUUGACUGCCCACAUGACUACCGGCUCCAUCACGGAGCCGAUAGGGGCGGCGGGGAUCAGGGGCCGCCUGGCCCCUGGAUGUCCUGUGCGAGUGCAUGGGGCAUUCUGGGGAGACCCCCAAGGCUGGGAGGCCUCAGCAAAACAAGGUUAAUGGAUUGCUCGCUCUGUUAACCUUGUUUAAGGGGAGGGGUUGGUAGGCAGGCUAGCUGCCGGGGAACCAAACGGGUUUGCCAGUGAGCACAGUGGUUUUCACGAUGGGAGAAAAACAGGCUGCGUUCCCUUAGCCUGGUUUUCCCCCAUCGUGAGAAUAGCCUCAUUAUGUAUUACUAGUAUUUUUUAGCCCGUUUUAAUAACGGGCUCUAGUGGGUGUGUGUGCUGCUCUUGUGUUCCAAAGCCCAAUCCUCUCCUUGGGCCGCCAGUGGGCCCAGUUCCCACGCUGCGGCGGCCGCCGCCAGCGGAACCGGUCUUCUCGCCGUGGCAGCCGCCGCCAGCGGGGCCAGUCUUCUCGCUGCGGUGGCCGCCGCCGCCGCCUUUCCCUGCUCCCUGCUCCCGGUGCCAGCGGGACCAGUCCUUCCUGCCGCCGCCGCCGUCUUUCCCUGCUCCCUGCUCCCGGUCCGGGAGCCAACAUGGCCGCCCGUGUCUGGGUGGCCGUAUCUUUCACGGAUGUUCUGGGCAUGCGCUCUGCGCAUGCCCAGAACGGCCGAGAAAGACACGGGCCGGAAAAGGACACGGGAUCACGCUCAAGGUGAUUAUUAUAUAGUAGCUAUCCAGGCAGAAAAUCAGAAUCUGUAGCAAAUUCAUGUAUUCUUCCAGGAAACCUUGUAUCUUCAGGCCACUGUGAUGCAAGGACUUUCUGGAACCUCUGAAUGGAGGAGGGAGGGAAGAUUGCCAGAUUAGACCUCUUCCUGUGAGACCACUGAAAUGCUUGAAGUGUGUCAGAUAUUCUGUUGGCACACAAACCAUAUUACAUCAGAGAGGGGAGGGCCCUUCUGGAAUGCCCUUGUCAUAGAAACCAGAGAAUCCUCUGUUUUGCAUGUUGGCCAGCUCUAACCCUGAGGUUCUGAGACAUUGAGGCUUUCCCCUCAACCAGCCUAACCCUACCUGGGCUGCCCCAAGCAGGGUUAGGCUGGCUGUGAGAAGUGGCAGGAUCCUCGCAGAUUCCUCCCCUCCCCUCCCGCCUAACCCCCUUAAUAAACCCGGGUUUUAGCUGAGAACUAAAGUUAAAGUUGGCUUUAGUUGGCUUUGGCUCUCGGGGACCAUGUGAUUCCUCGGGCUGCAUUCAGGAAUCACAGAUGGGCGCAUAGAGCUCCUGUCUGAGGGAGGAAAUCCCCAGUGCAACACAUGUGCUGCACAUUGCAUUGAGGGAUGUCUGGAGGCUGGAACAACAAGCUGCAAGGAGCAGGGCUGUUCGUGUGGGUGUCUGGACACCAAGAGUUCCCGAUUCAUGGGGGAUUCCCCUAAUGCUCCACACUUGCUGCAUGGUGUAUUGUGGGAUUCCUGGAGGCCAGGACUCAUUUUUCUGGCCUCCAGUGAUCUGUGCUGUCGGGAGCAGUGUGGAUCGUGAGGGCACGUGAUGACACACUGAAGAGGAGUCUACAGAUCAUCUGUGGGGAAGGUAGGCCAAGCCCUGCCUCUCCCGCCCCCAAUGCCUGCCUCCCCUGCUGCCGCCAUGGUAGUGUAAAUGACCUUACUGCCUAUUUCAUUAAAUUAUUUCCAAAAUGUA